AUGUUUGUGUUUUGUUCUUUUUGUGUUUUUGCAGCCUCUCUGUUCCGCUACAAUGUUCUGUCGCUGGUUUACUUCCUGUACCUGCUGCUGCUGCCGUGGUUCCUCUGCCCGAACAAACACACCAUCAAAGGUCACACGGGGCGAUUUAUCUCAGCUGUGUUCUGCACCGGGCUACUCUUUGUUCUGGCCCACGUUUGCUUCCAGACUGUCCUGUUCACCUACCCGCCUCUGGACACGGUUCUGGGGGACAACUGCUCACAAUGGGACACCGUCAGCCGCCAGAUCGGCCUGUCCAGGCUGCCCCUGGACGAGCCCUGGACUGUGGCGCGGCUCCUCUGUCCCGACCUAGCCGUGUGUCUGGUUUCCUUGGUAACCAGCAUCCUGUGUCAUCGCCUGGUGAAAAACCGGCGGAUGGUGGCCGCCGCUAACAUCACGUCUCUGGAGCCACGGACCGAUAGCCAAUCAGAGAUGGAGGACAGUGAGGAAGAGGACGCAGAGGACGCAGAGGACGCAGAGGACACAGAGGACGCAGAGGACGGGCUGUCAGAGGAUGAAGAGGUGUCUGCAGGGACUCGGGCGAAGCAGUUAGCCGAGCGCCUCAAAUCGACCGCCUGCCGAGUCCUUCGAGAUCUCGGCCGCAUCCUCGCCAUCAGCCUGCUGGCCCUGGCCGGCAUCACUCUGCCCUCCGCCUUCUCCGCCAUCUACUUCCUCCUCUUCGUGGGCGUGUGCACGUGGUGGGCGUGUCAUCUUCCCAUCAGCCACUUGGGCUUUAACGCUCUGUGUGUGAUGGUGGGCUUCUUCACCGCGGGUCACAUGGUCUGUCUCUACGUGUACCAGAGCUCACUGUCCCAGGCCGUGUUCCCCCCCUCCAGUCUGUGGGCCCGACUGUUCGGCCUGAAGGACAUCAUCAUAUCUGGAAACUGCUCCUCUGCGUUCGAACUCAGUCUGAAUUCAGACCAUGACUGGCCCGUGUACGCCAACCCUGGGGUCCUCUUCCUCCUCUACAUCACCAUCACCACUGUGCUCAAAACGGGCGCCAUCGGGGCGUCAAAGGAGGAAGAACAGAAAACGCACAGGGGGGCGGAGUCUCCUGGAGACGAGGAGAUGGUGGCGUUUACGACCUGGAGAGGACCCAGUGAUGACUGUCGAGAUGAUACUGAGCUCAUGCUUUUGUCCAUGGGACCUGAAGGACCUAAAGAGGCCACCCUGGCCUCAGAGGAGAACACAGAAGUGGGCACUGAAGCUCCCCCUAGUGGUGGGAAGAGUGAGAGCCCGUUCUUUUUGCUGGGGAGAGUGGUGAUGCAGCAGAGCUAUGUGUGCGCGCUCAUCGCCAUGAUGGUCUGGAGCAUCACAUACCACAGCUGGCUCACCUUUGUGCUGCUGCUCUGGGCCUGUCUCAUCUGGAUCUUACGAGCCAGGCGCCACGCUGCGACCCUGUGCUCCCCGUUCAUUCUGCUCUAUGGACUGGCCCUGUGCUGUCUGCAGUAUGUGUGGGCCAUGGAUCUCCAGCCUGAACUGCCCUCCACUGUGGGCAACAUGAGCCUCCGACAGCUGGGUCUGGAGCGGGCGCAGUUCCCCUGUCUAAGGCUGGGGGCGCUGCUCCUGUUCACUCUGACCUUCUGGCUGCUGUUGCGACAGUCAGUGAAAGAAAACUUCAGCCGGAAAAGGAAUAUGGCGGCCCCUCUACAGGAAGUGACCACAGGAGAAGGUGGCACUGGCAGUGAGUCAGUGCUGAAGGUGCUGGGGGGCAUGGUCAUGUGUUGUUGGGCCAAAUACUGGAUUUAUGUUUGCGGGGGCAUGUUCAUCAUGGUGUCCUUUGCUGGAAAACUUGUGGGCUACAAGAUCAUCUACAUGCUGCUGUUUCUGCUCUGCCUGUGUCUCUACCAGGUUUACUACUCCCUCUGGAGGCGGCUGCUGAAGAUCUUCUGGUGGCUCGUGGUGGCCUACACCAUGCUGGUGCUGAUCGCUAUCUACACAUAUCAGUUUGAGGAUUUCCCCGGCUACUGGAUGCACUUCACAGGGUUCACAGAGGAGCAGCUCGCAGCUGUGGGUUUGGAGACCUUUGCCCUGUCAGAACUCUUCAGCAGUAUCCUCAUCCCAGGAUUUUUCCUUUUGGCCUGUAUUCUCCAGCUGCACUAUUUCCACACACCCUUCAUGAGGAUCACUGACCUGGAGAACGUCACCCCCAGAAAGAACAGUGAGACAGCUGGAGCAUGUUGCACGGAUGGAGGAGGAGGAGGCUUUGAAGAGGAUGAUGAGAACCUGGAAACUGAGUCUGAAGUGGCUCUGACGCCCAGUAAAUGGGGCCUGGUCAUGGACAGACUGUUGGUGUUGUCCAGGAAGUUCUCAGACAUACUCACUAAAGCUCAGGGGUUUCUAUGGCGUCUCCUGGAGCUGCACAUCAUCAAAAUGGUGGCGUUCUUCUCUGUCUGGGUGUCUCUGGAAGAGCCGUCUGUCAUGAACCUGGUGCUGGUGGUGCUGUGGUCCCUGGCCAUGCCCUACAGCCGCUUCAGGCCCAUGGCGUCCUGCCUGUCCACGGUCUGGGUGUGUGUCAUCAUCAUGUGCAAGAUGUUAUACCAGCUCAGUGUGGUCAACCCAGCUGAGUACUCCAGCAACUGCACUCUGCCUUUGACCAAUGAGACCAAUCUUUUAGCUGAGGAGAUGUUAAACUCCACCCUGUUCAAAGAGCCAGUGGACCCGGCGCGGUGGUUUGGCAUCAGGAAAGAGGCGACUGUUCUGGGCUACAGCCAGAAUCACCUGAUUGUUUUGAUGCUGCUGGUUUUUGAGGCCACGGUCUACCGCCAUCAGACCCACCACUACAAACAGCUACAGUGCUCCCCCCCGACCAUCCCCGCCCUGUUUCCCAGCGCCACACGGGACACUCUGGACCAGGGCCUGCUCCCCUGCAUCAAGUAUCUGCUUAACUACAGCUUCUACAAGUUUGGCCUCGAGAUCUGUUUCCUGAUGACGGUGAAUGUGAUUGGCCAGCGGAUGAACUUCCUGGUGAUUAUUCACGGGUGCUGGUUGGUCGCCAUCUUGGUGAGACGGCGGCGGGCUGCCAUCGCUCAGAUAUGGCCCAGAUACUGUCUCUUCUUGUCCAUUUUCAUGAUCUACCAGUACUUACUGUGUGUGGGGAUCCCCCCUGCUCUGUGUCUGGACUACCCCUGGAGAUGGAACACUCCGGUCCUCAUGAACUCUGCUCUGAUCAAAUGGAUCUACUUGCCGGACUUCUACACGAUCCCAAACUCGAGGAACCUGAUCGCGGAUUUCGUGCUGCUGAUGUGUGCGUCGCAGCAGUGGAAAGUGUUUGAGUGUGAGCGUGUGGAAGAGUGGAUGGUUCUGGCUGGAGAGAACACAGACGACUCAGAGCCCAUGGAAGGUCGUCUGUUUAACCCGGCGCCAAACUUCAUCAACUGCAGGAGUUAUCUGGACAUGGCCAAAGUGCUGGUGUUCAGGUACUUCUUCUGGUUUGUUCUGUCUGUGGUGUUCAUCACUGGAGCCACUCGUAUAUCAGCGUUUGGACUGGGUUAUCUUCUGGCGUGUUUCUUUUUCCUUCUCUUUGGUACCAAGCUGCUGCUGAAGCCGUCACGGACCCGUCUCACCCUGUGGGACUGCCUCAUCAUUUAUAAUGUAGCGGUUAUUAUAUCCAAAAACAUGCUGUCCAUUCUGGCCUGUGUGUUCGUCUUUGAGAUGCAGAAAAACUUUUGUUGGGUUAUCCAGCUGUUCAGCCUCGUUUGCACCGUUAAAGGCUACUACGACCCCAAUGAGGUGGAGGACCGCAGCUGCAGCCUUCCUGUGGAGGAGGCUGGGAUCAUCUGGGACGGGAUCUGUUUUCUGUGCCUCCUCCUCCAGAGGAGAGUCUUCCUCAGCUUCUAUUUCCUUCAUGUGAGGGCGGAGCUCCAGGCCUCAGCGCGACAGGCCUCCAGAGGAUUUGAACUGUUUAAAGCGAGCAUCAUCAAGAACAUCAAGUACUACCAGCAGCUGGAGCAGAAGUCUCUGUCACAGCUCAAGAGAUCAAUGCAGCGUAUUCGAUCCAAACAACAAAAGUACAGAGAUGGACAAAAAACACACAAACAGCCAGACGAUACUGAAGAUGAAGAAAACCAAAAGGAGCAGAAGAAGUGGUACCAGCCGUGGUUGGACCAUGCCAAAGUGCUCCACUCUGGGGACUACUACCUGUUUGAGUCCGACAGUGAGGAUGAGGAGGAGCAACAGGCCGACGAGCAGAAGACGAAGAAGCAAACCGCCUGUCAGUUGGCGUAUCAGGCCUGGGUGAGCAGCGUGAAAGAGGCGCUGAGAGACCGACAGAGGAGACAGAGGCAGCUGCGGAGGAUGGAGAAAGCAGCAGCCCACCAGCUCCACCAGGACACAGGUGGUCCAGACAACGAUGUGUUUGAGGAGCAUGUGGAGGAAAGUAAGGAGCCGGAGGAGCAGGACUCCGGACAUGGUGAGAUGGUUCAGAGGAUCCUGGAUCUCCUGCGCUUCCUCUGGGCCAUAGUCCUGGCCAUGGUAGAUGGACUGACACAGUGGCUCAACCUUCUGACCAAACAGUACAGAGAAACAUCCACUGUGCUGUGUAACGAGCGCUACCUCAUGAUCCACAAGAUCCAGCAGCAGCAAACCACCGCCUCCACAGUCGAGCUUCUGUCCCAGGGCAGUCACACUCUGGAGACGUGUCUUGACGACACUGAGGCGGAUCAUUCCAGAUACAGCAGUCUGGAUGUAGAUAGUCUGGAGGUCCCGGGUCAGUCCACCCCCAGACCUUUAGUGGCCAGUGUAGGCAGCCUGCUGAGUCCAGAGCCCCUGGACAACAGCCUGGAUCUGCUCCCGGAUCUGCCUAAACAACAGCGCCACUCCAGGACAGCCAGUGAACUGCUGGGAGAGAGACAGUUCUAUAUCGAGGAGUUGGAGCAGAGCCGUGACUUCUACAACAGCCAGAACCGUCUGCUGAAGCUGCUGUUCGCUCUGUAUAAUUUACUGGCUGCUAACUCUGAGCUGGUGUGUUACCUCAUCAUCGUCCUGAACAAUGUGGUCAGUGCGUCGGUCAUCUCCCUGGUGCUUCCCAUCCUGGUGUUCCUGUGGGCCAUGCUCUCUGUGCCCAGACCCACCAAACGCUUCUGGAUGACCGCCAUCGUGUACACGGAGGUGAUGGUGGUGGUCAAAUACUUGUUCCAGUUUGGCUUCUUUCCCUGGAACAGUGUUUAUGAGAUGACCCUAAACGAGGACAAGCCCUUUUUCACCCCUCGGAUCCUCGGCCUGGAAAAGUCUGACAACUACAUCAGAUACGACCUCCUGCAGCUGCUGGUCCUGUUCUUCCACAGAUCUCUGCUCAUGCGUUACGGUUUGUGGGACCAUGAGGAGCCCCUGAAGGAGAAGACCUCACCCCAGAGCAGCCCCGAUGACAGAACAGAAGAAGUGUUUGAAAAUGGCACCAGGCCUCACAGUCGGGAGGACCAGCACAACACUGAGGACCCAGUGGAGUACGCAGAGUCCUGCAGCCUCACACCAGCUCCCACACCGCCCCCUGCUGUUCAUUCAGAUAAUACGGCAUCAGUGGAUGAGCAGGGGUCCACAGGAGUCAACUCUACAAAUGUCCAGGAGGAAACAUCGAGCACAGACCUGAGACCAAAGAAAAGCAGCAUACGCUUUCGCAAAAAGAAGAAACAGAAGAGGACGGCUGCGGCCUCAGGGGGAGACACACCAGAACCAGAACCAGAACCAGAACCUGAAAGUAAACCAGAGAAGAAGAAAAAAAGUAAAAGAAGAGAGGCCGCGAAUCAGCGCCUGCAGGCCGUGGGACAGAAGCUCAAACACGUCUGUUUAUCUGGGUUCCAGGCUGUGUACGAACCCACUCAGAGCUUCUUCAGGGACAUAGUUCGCGCCGAGUAUCGAGCCGCCACCGAUGUCUACGCCCUCAUGUUCCUCACCGACGUCAUUGACUUCAUCAUCAUCGUCUUCGGCUUCUGGGCCUUUGGGAAACACAGCGCGGCCGCAGACAUCGCCUCCUCGCUGUCGGAGGACCAGGUUCCUGAGGCGUUCCUGGUGAUGCUUCUCAUUCAGUUCAGCACCAUGAUCAUCGAUCGAGCGCUGUACCUGCGCAAGGCUGUCCUGGGAAAACUUAUUUUCCAGGUCAUCCUGGUGUUUGGGAUCCACAUCUGGAUGUUCUUUAUUUUGCCUGCAGUCACUGAGCGGAAGUUUAAUCAGAACUUUGUGGCUCAGCUCUGGUACUUUGUGAAAUGCGUGUACUUCGGCUUGUCGGCGUACCAGAUCCGCUGUGGUUAUCCUACGCGUAUCCUCGGCAACUUCCUCACCAAGAAAUACAACCAUCUGAACCUGUUCCUUUUCCAGGGGUUCCGCCUGGUGCCCUUCCUGGUGGAGCUUCGGGCUGUUAUGGACUGGGUCUGGACGGACACCACUCUGUCGCUGUCUGACUGGAUGUGCGUGGAGGACAUCUACGCCAACAUCUUCAUUAUUAAAUGCAGCCGUGAGACAGAAAAAAAAUAUCCGCAGCCAAAAGGACAAAAGAAGAAGAAAAUUGUCAAAUAUGGGAUGGGCGGACUCAUCAUCUUUUUCUUAAUUUGCAUAAUAUGGUUCCCUUUGCUCUUUAUCUCAUUGGUCAGAUCAGUAGUGGGUGUGGUCAACCAUCCCAUCGAUGUCACAGUGACAGUCAAACUUGGAGGCUACGAGCCUCUGUUCACCAUGAGCGUCCAGCAGCAGUCCAUCAAGCCCUUCGUCCAGUCCGACUACGAGAACCUGACCCGGACCUUUGGAGAUAACGCGGUGGCCAUGCAGUUCAUCACUCUGUACAGUUAUGAGGACGUUGUCACAGCCAUGAUCGAGGGCAGCUCUGGCUCCGUGUGGAGGAUCAGCCCCCCGAGUCGACAAGAGCUGAUCAAGGAGCUGCUGGACAGUCCAGUGGACCUGACCCUCAGGCUGGCUUGGACCUUCCAGAGAGACUUGGGAAAAGGAGGGACGGUGGAGCACACCUUUGACAAACACUCGAUCGACUUGGAGCCAGGGAGUCCCGUCCGGUCGGAGCUCGCCUCUCUGCUGGUCGGGAACCGCACCAAACCUGUGCUCGUGCCUCACAUGUUCCCAAACUACAUCCGAGCCCCAAACGGAGCCGAGGCCAAACCCGUCAGUCAGCUGUACGAAGAGGACGAGAGCGGAUACCUGAACAUCACUCUGUCCCUGAUGAGCGACAAGUCCCUGAGGAACAGCGGGACGCAGGAGUGGUGGGACAUCGCCAUCGCAGACUGUGAGCCUGCCUCGUGUGGCGUUCUGCCCAUGGUCAUCUUCAAUGACAAAGUCAGCCCCCCCAGUUUGGGUUUCCUGGCCGGAUACGGGAUCAUGGGGCUGUACGUGUCCGUGGUCCUGGUCAUUGGAAAGUUCGUUCGUGGAUUCUUCAGUGAAAUCUCUCACUCCAUCAUGUUUGAGGAGCUGCCGAGCGUCGAUCGCAUCCUGAAGCUCUGCACGGACAUCUUCCUGGUGAGGGAGACAGGUGAACUGGAGCUGGAGGAGGAGCUCUACUCAAAGCUGAUCUUCUUGUAUCGUUCUCCUGAGACGAUGAUCAAAUGGACCAGAGACAGUCACAGCUCUGACCAGGAGAGACGCUGACCGAGGUCACUGCAGGACGAUACUACAGGACGAUACUGCAGGACGAUACUACAGGACGAUACUAUAGGACGAUACUAUAGGACGAUACUACAGGACGAUACUACAGGACGAUACUACAGGACAAUACUACAGGACGAUACUACAGGACGAUACUACAGGACGAUACUACAGGACGAUACUAUAGGACGAUACUACAGGACGAUACUACAGGACGAUACUACAGGACAAUACUACAGGACGAUACUACAGGACAAUACUACAGGACGAUACUACAGGACGAUACUACAGGACGAUACUAUAGGACGAUACUACAGGACGAUACUACAGGACGAUACUGCAGGACGAUACUACAGGACGAUACUAUAGGACGAUACUACAGGACGAUACUGCAGGACGAUACUGCAGGACGAUACUGCAGGACGAUACUGCAGGACGAUACUACAGGACGAUACUACAGGACGACACUGCAGGACGACACUACAGGACGACACUACAGGACGAUACUAUAGGACGAUACUAUAGGACGAUACUAUAGGACGAUACUAUAGGACGAUACUAUAGGACGAUACUACAGGACGAUACUACAGGACGAUACUACAGGACGAUACUAUAGGACGAUACUAUAGGACGAUACUAUAGGACGACACUACAGGACGACACUACAGGACGAUACUAUAGGACGAUACUACAGGACGAUCCUAUAGGACGAUACUACAGGACGAUACUAUAGGACGAUACUACAGGACGAUACUAUAGGACGAUACUAUAGGACGACACUACAGGACGACACUACAGGACGAUACUAUAGGACGAUACUAUAGGACGACACUACAGGACGAUACUACAGGACGAUACUACAGGACGAUCCUAUAGGACGAUACUACAGGACGAUACUAUAGGACGAUACUACAGGACGAUACUAUAGGACGAUACUAUAGGACGACACUACAGGACGACACUACAGGACGAUACUACAGGACGAUACUAUAGGACGACACUACAGGACGAUACUACAGGACGAUACUACAGGACGAUACUACAGGACGAUACUAUAGGAGGAUACUACAGGACGACACUGCAGGACGAUACCAUAGGAUGACACUAUAGAACGAUACUAUAGGACGAUACUAUAGGACGAUAAUAUAGGACGACACUACAGGACGAUACUACAGGACGAUACUAUAGGACGAUACUACCAUGUUUACGUGGAAUAUGUCCAGAUCCAGAGUGUAGAUGAGGAGCCGGAACCUCACGUCACAGACCUACAGAGAUCUUUGGAUGUUGAGUGUUUACACACAGGCGUCGUGUCUGCGGGCACAUAAUGGGACAUAAUGGGACAUAACGGGACAUAAUGGGACAUAUUGGGAGAUAACGGGACAUAACGGGACAUAACGGGACGCGUCUGUGGAGUUUGGAGCCUGACUGAAGGCUCUAUUUCAAACACAUGAGCCGCACAGAUCACAGCGUUUGAGAAUAUUGUGUUUUGAUGUUUCUUGAAGCCUCUGUGCCUCAGAUGGACUUAAGUCUUUGUCUUAAAAUGUCAGAAAACCUAAAUUAUUUCAUAAAUGUUUUGUGACAUUUUAGCUGAAAUCUAAAAAACUGUUUGUUUUUUUGUGGUCCUAAAACAAAAUAGUGUUUUAAAUAAAACUGUGUCUCAUUAAAGUCUUAUG